AUGUUGCCUAUCAAGGGCGACGUGUUGCAGCAGUUGGGAGACUCGCGCGAAAUAGCGAUGAAGCAAUUCUUCGGCCUUGAGAAGCGGCUCCAUCGCGACUCAAACAUGAGGACUUCAUACGUUCAAUUUUUGCGCGAGUACCUGGCAUUGGGACACAUGCGGCUCGUACCUACACAUGCGGUCGACAGAGAAUCCGUUUAUUUGCCUCACCAUGGGGUGUUUAAGGGGAUCGGCCGUGAUGCAAAAUUACGCGUGGUAUUUGCCGCAUCGUGCAAAACCACGACAGGGAUUUCUUUAAAUGACGCCUUGAUGAUAGGUCCUACGAUUCAGCAGGAUUUAAUAUCAAUCCUCAUUCGAUUCCGCACGUUCGCAUACGUUUUCACUGCAGACAUAGUUAAAAUGUAUCGUCAGAUACUGAUUCACGAGUCGCAACUGCAUCUGCAACGGAUAUUAUGGCGCGAAAGUCCGAGUUCGCCGGUCGACACAUAUGAACUGCUUACUGUUUCAUACGGCACGAGCUCGGCGCCGUACCUCGCGACGAGAUGUCUUCAGCAUUUGGCGCAAAAACAUGCUCUCGACUAUCCCGCGGGGGCACAAUGCGUUCUUCGAAACUUUUACGUGGAUGAUUUGCUCGCCGGCGCCAAUACAUUGCUCGAUGCGAGGCGCAUACGUGACGAGGUCAUAGCAUUAUUGAGACGUGGACGGUUCGAGCUUAGCAAGUGGGCAUCGAACAGCCGAGAAUUAUUACCAGGUAUCAGUGACACAGCGAGCAUAGAAGUGUCAUUGAGCGACAAGGCGGAUUCGAAAAUAUUGGGGGUGGCAUGGAGUCCGCUCAGCGACGAGUUUCGUUUUAAAUGUAAUUACGGCGCGCCAACGAAUAAUAUAACAAAGCGAACAAUCUUGUCGGAGAUCGCGAGUCUCUUCGACCCGCUGGGAUUGCUGGGGCCGCUGACGGUCGUGGCAAAAAUGAUCAUGCAGGAUGCGUAG